GGCAGCUCAGUAAAAUAUGCUCUGACAAACGUAACUUGUCAGAGAGGAUUGUUUCUGCUUAGUGAAUCUGCAGGGGCCCCCUUGCUCCACCACUCAGCAUUGACUAAAACAUAGAACAAGAGAAAGCGAGAGAGAGAGAGAGACAGAGAGAGACAGAGACAGAAAGAGGAACUGAGUGAGAGAGUUAGCCAUUAGUGCUGUAGCUACUGUGUCACUGAUGUUUGAGCACACUUCUGAACUGGCUUUUGUUGAGAAUAUCCGUGUAGAAGGCAUGCGCUGUCCCAAAUCUGCUGUUACUAUGAGAAGUGAGGAUCUGCUUUUAAGUAACGGCACAACAAGCAAAAUGAAUGGAGCUUUGGAUCAUUCAGACCAACCAGACCCCGAUGCCAUUAAGAUGUUUGUUGGACAGAUCCCACGAUCAUGGUCAGAAAAGGAACUAAAAGAACUAUUUGAACCUUAUGGAGCUGUCUAUCAGAUCAACGUCCUUCGAGACAGAAGUCAGAACCCUCCUCAGAGUAAAGGCUGCUGUUUCGUAACGUUUUAUGCACGGAAAGCUGCCCUUGAGGCACAAAAUGCAUUGCACAAUAUCAAAACAUUACCUGGGAUGCAUCAUCCCAUUCAGAUGAAACCCGCAGACAGCGAAAAGUCAAAUGCUGUGGAAGACAGAAAAUUGUUCAUAGGAAUGGUUUCAAAGAAAUGUAAUGAGAAUGAUAUCAGGGUGAUGUUUUCUCCAUAUGGUCAGAUAGAAGAGUGUAGAAUCCUACGGGGACCUGACGGGCUGAGCCGAGGCUGUGCGUUUGUCACAUUCUCUUCAAGGUCAAUGGCACAGAAUGCAAUCAAAGCCAUGCACCAGUCUCAGACCAUGGAGGGCUGCUCUUCGCCAAUAGUAGUAAAAUUUGCAGACACACAAAAGGAUAAGGAGCAGAGGCGUCUACAGCAACAGCUGGCACAGCAGAUGCAACAGCUAAAUACUGCCACCUGGGGGAACCUUACAGGCCUUGGAGGACUCACACCUCAGUACUUGGCUCUCCUUCAGCAAGCGACCUCAUCUAGUAGCUUGGGAGCCUUCAGUGGUAUUCAGCAGAUGGCCGGCAUGAAUGCCUUGCAGUUACAGAAUCUGGCAACUCUUGCAGCUGCUGCAGCCGCAGCCCAGAACUCUGCAGCAACCAGUAAUGCAAAUCCUCUUUCCUCUGCUACUAGUGCCCUUGGAGCACUCACAAGUCCAGCUGGGUGGACUGCAGGAUUGGGAGGUCAAGGGAGUUGCGAAAGGUUGCACAUGGCUGGAACAACAGCUAAUUCCAGUGCUGGAGCAGCCAUGAAUUCCUUGACCUCCUUAGGAACACUCCAAGGACUAGCUGGAGCUACUGUUGGCCUAAACAAUAUUAAUGCGUUAGCAGUUGCUCAAAUGCUCUCAGGUAUGGCGGCUCUGAAUGGAGGACUUGGUGCAACAGGACUGACGAAUGGUACAGCUGGUACCAUGGAUGCCCUAACACAAGCCUACUCAGGAAUUCAGCAGUAUGCUGCUGCAGCACUGCCAACAUUGUACAGUCAAAGUCUGCUGCAACAACAGAGUGCUGCCGGCAGCCAGAAAGAAGGACCAGAAGGGGCAAACCUCUUCAUCUAUCACCUCCCGCAGGAGUUUGGAGACCAGGAUAUUCUGCAGAUGUUCAUGCCUUUUGGAAAUGUGAUAUCUGCAAAAGUCUUCAUUGAUAAGCAGACCAAUCUGAGCAAGUGUUUUGGUUUUGUUAGCUAUGACAAUCCAGUUUCUGCACAAGCUGCCAUACAGGCUAUGAAUGGAUUUCAGAUCGGCAUGAAGCGUUUGAAGGUUCAGCUGAAACGCUCCAAGAAUGACAGCAAACCUUACUGAUCUUAACUCAAGAAGUUUACUGCUUUUAUUUUAGCUUUGCUAGGGUAAGUCCCCAUGAGCCAGCCUGCCUCGGUAAGGAGGCUGAGGAGGAGCAUAUUGCCAAAAGUUCAUCAAGAGAGACAGUUAUUUUUUACAUUCACUCUUCCAAUUCCCUUUCUUCCCAUUAUUCCACCAAGUUUCCUUCCUUGAAAAGCAGUUAUCAAGUUGUGAUACAGUAUUCAGUUUUGCUUUGUUCCAUAGACUUGACUUUAAGAAAAAGAUGUCUUAAGAAUUUCAGAAAAUAAUGUGCAAUUUAACUCUAAUCUCUGGUGCCAUUAAAGCACUAAAGAUAAGCCAGGCUGCUUUAUGGACCAGUGUAAUAUGGAUGGCACCAGCUGUUUAUGGGUUAUUGUGGUGGUGGCCUGUUAAGAACAAGAUGCCAACAGAAACACUACAAAAAAGUCUUUCCAAUAAUUAUUUUAGCCACAUUUACAUCAUUAAUUAGAUAGCUAGACUUGACAUUACUGAGCAGAUCAAACCAAUCUUUUUUUUUUUCUUUUCUUUUUUAAGGUGAGGUAUAAACAGAGACUUUGAGAUCUGUUUCUGAAGCAAGGGAGAUUUACAAAAUUAAAAAUAAAUUAAAAUACUUGACAUUUCUUGAGAGAUAAAUUUAAUAAAACAAAAAUAAGCCACAGGCCUGUAAAUUUUCUUUGUAAAAAAAACAUUUCUAUUUUUAUACAAAAUUUUUACUGCCUCAGAAGUAAUGGAAUUAUUUAUUGCCUAUUGUUAACUUAUUGGAUAUCUAAAGAGCAGUUAUCUAUGCUAGCUAGAUCCUUUUGAAGUAGUCUAUAGAAUGAACAGUUGUGCCAAGAAAGGACUUAUUUAUCCAUCCACUUUUUAACCCUAGACCUGCAAUUGUCAUGCUUUCUCCUUCUGUUGCUUGUAUUUGUGUUUUUGUUGUAGUUUCCAUUAUGUAGUAAAUUUCAGUUGUCUGACUUUUCCGUUAUGUUGUAUUUGUUUGCAAAAGGUCUUCUUUCCCAAAAUAAAUCCAUUGUCUUUUACAGGCCAAAUGGAUUAUUUUGGGGGUGUUCAUUGUGUUGUUUAAAAGUAUGUUCAGUAAUAAUGCAACUUAAGUGAAUGGCUCAUAGAUACUAAUAACUUGAGAUUUGCAUUGUUUCCUGCACCCAUAAAAGUGAUUUUGUUUCUGCUGCAUAGAUUCUGUGUAACUUUAUACUCUUCCUUGUUUUUUCCCUAGACAUCUUCAUGCCUGUUAGUUCAUCGUUUGCCUAGCAUGUCCCUGUGGCGUCUCAAAACAAAAAGUUUCAUCGUCCCGUCAUUGUUUCUGAUGUCUUUCUGACCUCACAUCAUACUUGGUCCUCCUCCUGACUUUUGACCUAGUUUGACCUUUGAAAUUUGCAUGUGACCUCAUCUAGCUAUGAAUUAUGGGAAGUCAAUGUGAAAAGCAUAGCUGCAUUAAUGCAAGACUGAAUCUUAAUAUUAGACUUAAAAUAAUAAUAGAAGAAACCUGUGGCAAAAAUGUUUGUUUUUGUUCUUUUCAUAAAAAACAGACUUGAAAGUAUUAUACAGGGAUUGGCAUUCUGCCUGGUCGCUGGUACCAAUAGCAAUAUGUGUCCAGGGGCAUAGAAUGUCAUUUUCCAUCUGAAGCAGACUACUUCCAAAACAGUUUGAAAAAACUGUCUGAUUACUAAUCUGUAGAGCUCUGUAAUAGUUUUUACAUUUUUCAGGCAGUGUAAAGAUUUUUGAUAAGGCCAUUUUAGGUGGCACAGUUUCUCAUUAAAUUAUAUAUAUAUAAAUAUAUAUAUAAAAACCACUUUUGUAGACUAGUGUAAGAAUACAGAAAUUACCCUCUUUGGGGGCAAAAAUGCUACCUAUUUGUGUCACCUUUUGCUGAACUGACUCACAGUUAGACAAUCCAUGGUUAAAUGCACAUGAAAUGACCUAUAUUUUAUACUGUUUAAAUGUACAGAAAAGAAAAGUAACUGUAAACCGUGUUACGCUGGUGCUUUUGUGAAUGAAGUUGUGGUUUCAUCACGAGUCUAAGGUCUUAACUGUUAUGUGUUUGUAAGAAAAGUUUAAAAUCGGUUUACUUGAACAAAAAAUGGAUUUUCAAAAAGUUCUAGUUGAUGAAUUCAUGUUAAAUUUAUUCCAAAAUAUCUUUUGUGUUGGCUUGUGAAGCAUUGAUGUCAUUUUUUAUUGUGGAAAACAAAAUGAGUGUACUUUAUUGUUCAGCAAAAUGUGAUCGAUUUUUUUUUCAUUUAAAAUGGAUCAGUGAAAUAUAGUGCCAAAUUCCAAAGGUACUUCCUGCCUAGAGCUUAUGUGUUUCUUGUGAGAGUUAUUUGAUAACAUGGGUAUUUUAUUACGUGUUUUGUAUAAAUCCCUGAUAUUUAAAGAGGUUUAAAAAGGUUUGUUAACUUACUAUCCUGUGGUCUUGUUGCCUGAAAUUGUUUGUUAUUUCUCUUUGAUGUUUUUUGUAAGACAUUUAGGUGCCCAUGUUUCACUUUUUAACCACUUCGCACAUCAAUGCUGUGAAAUCAAACCUCGCAGUCUUCUUUUGUUCUUUUUGAUAUGCUAACCUUCAAGGCGAGAAAGUACAGGACUUCAUAACCCUUUCCAUCCAGAGGUGAUAGAGGAGCACAAACAUGUUUCUUAUUGUUUGCUGAUUGUUUUCACUUUGUCCUCAUUAAGCUGAUACGUGCUUAUUUAAGUAGUCCAGUUAUUAUUUAAUGCAGUGGAUAAGCAGAAUUUCUUAAGCCUUUUAUUUUAAUUGUUUAUUUUUUAAGAUAUACCUACUGCACUCCUGUCAUUUUGCCAUGUAGACUUCUAGUAACUAACCAGUCAAGUUUUAUAACCCGAAUGCAUGGUCUUAAUCAGUGAAGUGAGGGACAAUUAAAACAAUUACCUCUCUUUGCUUAUUUCCAUUCACCAAGUUAUGCACUAGUUUCAUUACUUUUUUCCUAGAAACAUAAUGAGGGCCAGAUUGAUAGACAUGGAGUAUCAACUCUGUAGUUCUCCCUUUUCUCAUCUAAAGUGGAUUGUUUUGCAUCUGUGCAUAAAGUGGCAAUGUUUAGUACAGUGCACAACCCAUGCAGUUAUGUGCAUAUUUAGUGUUCCUAUGAUGAUUAUGAUUGUGACUGCUGUGUGGAGAUCAUUGUACAAGUACAUUAUAGAGUAGUGCAGCAGAAAAAGGUCUAUUGGUGAGACCAGUCUACCCACUAUCGCAUACUAAUGGGUUUUUAUGUUUUUGUUAUGGUGCUGUAGCAGUAUCUUGCAGGUGGACAGUGUUGUGUGACUACCACUAGGCUUUUUUGUGUAUGACAGUUUGUCAUUUUCAUCAGCACUACUCUUCCACCCUUCUAUCAGAACAGAAUGGUUCUUUAUAUGGCUCUGUAAGCCAUGUUCAAGAGGCAGUCGUGUUGUUCAUUGCACUUCCAAGCUGCGUACACACUAUUUUGAUGCUUGCUACACAGUAUUACAGAUGGCCUUCCUUUUCUUUUCAUUAGUUCACAUGCAAAGUGAUAUAACAUCCCAUGGCUUGUACAUAUCAAAAACAAAAGCCCAUUAACCUGUACAGUACUUCAUAGCAGUUAGUGGCUGGCUUGCAUUUUUUAAGUUUUCUUGUCAUUGUUACACAUUUCAUAAGGGCUGCACUACCACUGGAGAUAUAAAAUGGGCUUUUACUUAUUGCAUUACAUGCAUUUGCUUCUAUUUUUUUGGUAUGUGAUAGUGUCUAAACAUUUACUUUUUCCAUGUACUUAUUGGACUAAAUUGUAUCUAAAUGAUUAACAACAUUUGGAGUGCAAUUUUUGUUCAUAAAGCCACUUUGGUUAGCAUGAAAGUAGCACUAAAGUGAAGAUGAGAACGUUUAAUUUUGGUAGUCACGGUUAUUAAAGUACUCAACCGUUACUCUUAAAUUCUUACCAUUUAUUACUUAUGUGCUUAUUUAUAACUGACCCUGGAUGGAAAGGGGCAUUUUUGAUUUUGUAAAAAUUUGUUUUAUGGCAUACUUGCUUGGUGUGUAUGAGUAAUCGCAAUCUCUAACUCUCACUGACCAUUACUACUAAAGGGUCAUAUUUAAAUAUAUAGUUUUCUUUUUUUUUUUGUAAAUUUUGACAUUCCUUAUAACCUUCAAAUAACUUUCUUUUCACUUGAAAGAUUAUGAAUACUUAAGGCAAGUACAAGCAUCACCAGUUGUAUUUUCUGUGUCAUUGCAAUUAUCUUAGGUAUUUUUCCUGAAGCACAAGAGUUUAGCAGCACAAUGUUUGAGAUGUACCUUCCCUGCAGGGUUAACUUUUACAUGUUUAGGAUUUUAUGGUUUGCAAAAAACAAAAACAAAAAAAAAAUUGCACAUGACUUACAACCUUCUAAUGGAACAAAACUGGAGCUGGAAACAGUAAAACAAAUGCCUUUGUGCUCUGCCUUCCACUGUUCUUGCGUCCUCAUGUAAUGAGUCAGAGAGUCUCUGUCCAUGUUUGCUCUUUGUUGUUUGGAAAACCUGCAAGGGCUCAAAAGGGUCAAGAAACAAAAAGAGGUACAAAACCAUGGACAUUUCACCAAACAGAAGGACUUUUACCACUGGAACAAUCUUCAGAGAACUAAAAUGAAGUUCAGUUUUUUUCUUACCUUUGAGGUUAAAGUUUUUAUGGCUUGUGCUACUUUGUAGUCAUUUACUGUUUCUCUUUUUUAGCUUAAAUGCUAAUUAAAAUAUGUAGUUUCAUUACCUUUUUGGCUGAUGUCAAGAACUGUAUUUGUGUUUUUUUCUGUGCUGUGGAAAGUUGUUUGUAGACUAAUAUUUUGUUUAGAAUUAUAAAUUUAAUAGUUUUAAGUAUUGUCUGAGAAAAGCCAAAGUUAAUGCAAUUUAGUGAAACCUGUAAGACCAUUUGAGUGUUGUUUCUGUUUUACUGAUGCAUUUAGAUUGUUUGUUGGAAUAUGAGCCAAAAAGCAGGCUUAACUAUUUCUACAACUGAUUGUACUUAUGCAUUUUGUACCAGUGGAACUUUUUAUACUGGAGAUUAAAAAAUGGACAAUUUUGUGGCUUACUUCAGUGGGCCCUGACCAUGA